UUGUUCCCCCUUGAUAAAUACAACAGUGCAGAGAUAGACAAUCCUCCACAAUCACAAUCCUCAACACACACGUUUUCUCUAAAGUGGGUUGCGAACCAAACAUUUAUCAAGGGUUUUAAAUAGAGAAGAGAAAACAGAAACAAAAAAGGAAUCUCGUUUGGGCUUGAGAGAGAGACAGGGAUGGGGAACUGCUUUUCGGACGUGGAAGGAGGAAAGCAAGCCGUGGGUGGGGUCCAACAGAGCCCCACAGCUACCAACAACAACAAUGCCGGCCACAACGACGCCGUUGACUUCUUCUACAGGUCUCGGGGGCUCCAGCAACUCUUCACCCGAGUCGAGUUAUCCCUAUCAGCAUUGAACUUGCGAGAUCGUGACAUCAUUUCAAAGAGUGAUCCCAUGGCAGUGGUUUAUGCGAAGAAAAUAGAUGGAAAACUAGAGGAGUUAGGCCGCACUGAGGUUAUAAUGAAUAGCUUGAAUCCCAAGUGGAUAGAAAAAGUUACAAUUGCAUUCCAGUUCGAGAUUGUACAGCCAUUGGUAUUCCAUGUCUAUGAUGUUGAUACCAAAUAUCACAAUAUACCUGUGAAGACGCUGAAAUUGGAGGAUCAAGAUUUUCUUGGAGAGGCCAUGUGUGUUCUAUCAGAGGUACUUACCAAACAAAAUCGGAGUUUAACCCUUAAUCUUCAUAGUAAAAUUGGGCAUGUGGGUUUGAGGAACUUAGGGGUACUCACCAUCCAUGCAGAGGAAACAGCUGCUUCAAGGAGGGUUGUUGAGAUGAUACUCCAUUGUUCUUACUUGGAUAACAAGGACAUAUUUUCGAAUAGUAACCCUUUUCUAAGAAUAUCUAGAAUUGUUGAGAGUGGAGGCUCAAUUCCAAUAUGCAAGACUGAAGUGGUGAACAACAAUUUAAAUCCAACAUGGAAACCCCUAUGCCUGAGUAUGCAGCAGUUUGGAAGUAAGGAUAACCCAUUGAUUAUCGAGUGCUUUGAUUUCAACAGCAGUGGCAAACAUUCGCUUAUUGGUAAACUUCAGAAGUCAGUGGCCGACCUGGAAAAACUUCAUGAAGGUAGAAGUGGUGCAAAUCUUACUAUAACAUCUCAUCAUGGUCACAAGAAGGUUUUGAAGGGAGAGCUGUUUGUGGAUCAGUUUUGUGAGAAGGAACAAUACAGCUUUCUUGAUUACGUUUCUUGUGGAUUUGAGCUCAACUUUAUGGUUGCGGUUGAUUUUACAGCCUCAAAUGGAAAUCCUCGGAACCCAGAUUCUUUACACUACAUUGAUCCUUCCGGCCAGUUGAAUUCUUAUCAGAAGGCUAUAAUGGAGGUUGGGGAGGUCACUCAGUUUUAUGAUUCUGAUAGGCGCUUUCCUGCAUGGGGCUUUGGUGGAAAAACAUUUGAUGGAACAAUCUCACACUGCUUCAACCUGAAUGGAAGCGCAGGUAGCUUUGAGGUCGAAGGAGUUGAAGGCAUCAUGUCUGCUUAUGCAAGUGCUCUACAUAAUGUUACUCUGGCUGGACCAACGUUGUUUGGCCAAGUGAUUAAAACAGCUGCUCAAAUUGCAAGCCAAUCCGUUUCAUACAACAGCAAAAAGUACUUCGUUUUGCUCAUUAUUACGGAUGGAGUCCUUACAGACCUUCAAGAAACGAAAGACGCUUUGGUGAAGGCAUCUGAUCUUCCACUAUCAAUUCUUAUAGUGGGAGUGGGAAGCGCAGAUUUUGGACAAAUGGAGGUCCUUGAUGCUGAUAAAGGACAACGAUUAGAGAGCUCUACAGAUCGUGUUGCCACACGUGACAUUGUACAGUUUGUUCCAAUGCGAGAUGUUCAUGGUGGGCAGAUUUCUGUGGUCCAGGCUCUUUUGGAAGAGCUACCAGGACAGUUCUUGACGUACAUGCGGUGCAGAGAUAUCAAGCCACGCCCUCUCCAUGAAGCCCAAGCGUCUGGUACUUAAGUAUAUGCCCAAGCGUUUGGAUAGGGUCAAAUAAGGUGUGAUACCGCUAAUCAACAGGCGCAACUGCCAAGCUUUUCUGAAGUCUGUCCCACUGAUAGAUUGACCCAGGCCUGAAAGUAGGUGUUUCCUUUUUCCUUCGUGGGUGUUGGCAAGGAGUUACAGUUUUAAUGCCAAGAAAUAGAAGGGUAUAUCAGAUUGUUCGACGUCCGUCUCUCCCCCUCGAAAGAAACCCCCACCAAGAGCCUUUCCCUCUCCCACUUACGCUUGUCUCUUCUUUUGAUCCAAGUUCUUUUUUAAUCUGCGCGAGCCAUUGAAGGCCAGAUACGCGUUUUAUUUCAUCCAUUCAACAAUCCCACUUGCACACCACCAAUGGAAGCGUCAGUUCUUGAUCACCGACCUAUUCCACCAUCCGAAAGAAGUCUGCCGCCCGUGCGUGCUAUUGAGGAUUUGGAGCCUGGUUGCAUUGCUCGAGCGAAGCGUCUAGCCGCUCGAGCAAACACAAGUCCGAGAGUUCGCUCGACACCGCUCGACACAUGGCUCGAGCGAACACAAGUCAGAGAGUUCGCUCAAAGGUCCGCUCGACACAUAGCUCGAGCAAUUGUGGGAAACAGUUUUGCUCGAUGCGGGCUCGACACGCCGCUCGAGCGAACUUGACUAAUUUUGUUUUUAAUUAGGGUUUCCGCCGCAUGACAUGAUAGGUGUGUUUCUGUGUUUGGUUUGUACUAUGCGUGAACAGUAGUCGCCCCAAAAGAAGAAUUUGUAUUGUGAUUCCUCAAGCAAUAAUAAAAUCCUCUGCAGCU